CAUUGCAGGCCAGUCGCUUGGGUAGCAGUAGGCAGAGUGGAGAAGCACGCCUACAACCAACUGUUUAAAAACAUUUCUGUCAGCAACCAGAAGCUACCUUUAACCAGUUGGUUUGCUACAUCAUUUUUCAAGUAUUUCAACCUCAGGGUAGUCCGAAAUCGUAGUCGUCGAGCUUGGAAAGGGGGAGGCUACCAGCGAGAGGCAGCUUUUAGGCUUGGUGGAGAGGGAAUCACUCGCUAUAUCCUCGGACUGAACAUGGCAAUGUCCCUCAUCCAAGCCUGCCGCAGUCUAGCUCUCUCAACAUGGCUGCUAUCCUUUUGCUUCGUGCAUUUGCUGUGCCUGGACUUUACUGUGGCGGAGAAAGAAGAAUGGUACACCGCGUUUGUCAACAUUACUUAUGUGGAUCCCGUGACUUCAGAAAUCAAAACAGAGAAGACUGAGUGUGGAAGAUAUGGCGAGCACUCCCCCAAGAAAGAAGCAAGAGGGCAAGUGUUGAUGCCUUUGCUUUUGCAAGAGAGACAAGCUUGCGAACCGAACGCUAAGUAUCCCCUGCCUUAUCAAAACAAUGCUUGGAUGGCGUUGAUAGCUGCGGGGAAUUGUACGUUCAGAGAUAAAAUUCGCAACGUCGCUGCACUCCACAACGCAUCUGCAGUCAUAAUUUAUAACGUGGGCUCCACUAAUAUCAACGAUACCAUAACAAUGCCUCAUCAAGGUACGGGGGAUAUCGUGGCGAUCAUGAUUCCGGAACCCAAGGGUCGGGAGAUCGCUGCUCUACUAGAACGCAACGUCACGGUGACCAUGCACAUCACCAUAGGAACGAGGAACCUUCAGAAGUAUGUGAGCAGAACGUCAGUGGUGUUUGUCUCCAUCUCCUUCAUCGUCCUGAUGAUCAUCUCCCUGGCAUGGCUCAUCUUCUACUAUAUACAGCGGUUCAGAUACGCCAACGCUCGCGACCGCAAUCAGAGACGUCUCGGAGACGCAGCCAAGAAGGCCAUCAGUAAGCUCCAAGUACGAACCAUCAGGAAAGGAGACAAGGAAACGGAGUCUGACUUCGACAACUGUGCUGUGUGCAUCGAGGGCUAUAAAGCGAAUGAUGUUGUUAGGAUAUUGCCGUGCAGGCACAUCUUCCAUAAAAGCUGUGUGGACCCCUGGCUUCUGGACCAUCGGACCUGUCCCAUGUGUAAAAUGAACAUCCUCAAAGCGCUGGGAAUACCACCCAACUUUGACUGUGGGGAUGACAUUCCGCCAGACUAUGAGAUGUCAGUGGGAGGCCCGCCCACCAACGCAAUCACAGGGGCCAGUGACGUCACGGUGAGCGGGGAGGAGAGCUCAGUGGUGCUGGACACGGUGGACAUGGACAGGACGAUAGGGCUGCCUCAGGUCUACCACGACGCACACGAGACACUACCACAGGCUGGGGACAGCCGACACAUCGCCAGCAGUGAGCACCAGCCCCCGCUGAGCAGCGACUCGGACACCUCCCUUAUCUUGGCUGUGGAGGUGGGUCUGUCCGACAUGGAGCUCUCCCUCGGGCACGACCAUGAUGAGGUCAAGUCCUGAGCCAAUCAGAGCCAAGUAGGAAGGAAGCUCCCGGGGUCGACAUGGAGAUGAGAAACGGGACCGAAGGGGCAGUGCCUGGCCCCCUGAUGGGAGGUUGUGGCUCCAAAUAAAUAAGAGACAAGCAAGCAAUAGAACCCAUAGCAGUGCAACACACCUGUCUGUUCCCACUGCCUCAUCUACAGGUUCCUCCUGUCCUGCCUCCCUUUUCUGACUGCUGUCACGUUCAGUCGCCAUGGAAACCAGGCAGCCAAUCACAGCUCUUGUCAUUAGCCUCUGGACUGGGGGUAUAGUUUAGCACCUCUGUUAGUUGUCUCCAUGUCACCAUCACUUUGACUCUUUGGACAUGUGACAUUUUGAUUUCUUUCUACGAGAUCAUCACUGCCAACUUAUUCCAGAAUGAAACACGGAACUCUUUACACCUCGUUAUAGGAAUAUCUAUUUAUACCGUGUAUGGUCAAUAUAAGCCUCCUGCAGCAUGGGCUUUGAGUGUCAAAAACAGUUAGUGCGUGUUCUGAGUGACCAGCAUUUACAUGUGGUAAACUUGAAGCUGAUGUUUUUUCACCACCUCUGCUUGAAAUAAUUUCCAUAACAUUCAACGCUGUUGGUAUUGUAGCAUUUAUACUAUGCACAUGUUGUCAAGCAUUUCUGAAUAUCCGAUUGUUAAAUUGCAUCCUUAUCCUUCAUUUAGGGGUCUUUAGGACUAUGGUUUAUUUCCACUUCUGAAGUACUGUACACCAUGUGUUGUGGGGACCAACUACGAGUUUGUUUUACCACAGCAGUUGACAAUCACAGCCCAACGGUAAUGGAGAUUUGCAGUGAUGACAUCAGCUACAGCCCUGUUUCAAACUGCUAAAGCUUUAUUAGCACCGCCAGUAACACAGCACAGGAGGCGAUAGUAGUGGCUGUUUGUUCCAUUUUAAUGUCAUGUCAUCUCCCAGUCAAGCCACCCAAUAGCAUGUGGUGAAAUCUUCUGUUACCUAACAUAACGUGUGUCUGCAGUGCUGUGCAUUUGCUCUGUGCCAAGUUCUUGCAGUUUUAGUUUUUUGUAUUGAUGUUGCUUCUGUUUCUAGAAGCCAAAGCAAGAUGGCAUUGUGGGUGUUGUUGAGUUCACCCAUUGGUUGGAUAGUGAAAAGCACAUCGAAGUUGUCUGUUGAUAAAAGUAAAUGACAUUUGACUAUAUCUGAACUCUGUGUAUUAGAUAGCCCCUAGUCUGAGAAAUCCCAUACCGAGGGCAACCGCACUAGUAUGCUGGAACAUUGGUGCAUUGUGGGAAGCAACUGGUCCAUCUAGAGAGACUAGAUAGCCCCUGGUGAAGGAAUACCAUGCAUUGGUUGUGGCUUUGGUUGACUGUGAAUUCAUUAUGAAAGAGUUGACUAAACCCUGUUGCAGAUAGUUUGUACCUCUUAGUCAUUUCUUCUGAGGAUAAAAUGUUUUCUUUUUUUCCUAUGAUGAAUUUCAAAAUGGCAGUUUUUUUUGUACAUUCGUCGUGUAGGGAAACGAAAGUCUGACGAACAGCAUUUAUUUUAGUAUGAAAAUAAGUUUAUUUUUGUAAGAAAAAGAAAAUGGAGGUAAAUGUUUACAGUCCAGGAGAAAUGGAGUGGGAGAAUAGUUGCCUGGUUUCAAGAGCUCACUGGUAAUGCUAAUGCAUUUUGAAUGACAUGUAUUAAUUCAUGGUUUAUGUCCUUCCUCCCCCGAUUUUGAUUACUGCUCUGUAAUUGUUUCAAAGGCCAUUUUUUAUUUGAGUUUGAUUCCUCUCUCCUUUGGAGUCCCCUCAAGGUUCUCAACACAUUGAUUUAUUUACAAAUGUGUACUUUCAUCCUUAACAUAUGAUAAUCUUAUAUUGCUUUAGUAUGCAAUUUUAGAUUUGAUUUUCAGGCUCAAAUCUGCAUGAAAUGGCACAAGGCCACUGUUGUCAUCGAGCAUCUACUGCGUUUCUCUUCCUUACUAUGUGUUCGUUCAUUUAAUCAUUGGUUCCUUUAGGCCGCCAACCAAUCAACAACCAAUCAACUCCCAGUUAUGUAAGAAGUUCAUAUUACCCAUAUUCCCCCCUGUCUUUGUCAAUCAGAGAAGGAUUACAGAAUCUAUGGGAGAAUGUUGAAAUCUCCCAUGCUUAUGCAUUAGGUACAUCUGUAUGCCCUCCUAGUGUGUCAGACUCCUUACAUUUAGCUUUGAUUUGCAGUAUCAGUUUGUGAAAUACACUACACCUGUGUGAUUAAUAUUGUAUAAGCGUCAUAAAUGUAUAUUUAAUCAAUC